AUGGCAAGUAAUCGGUCCAAACGGAUGUUACAAUCAGUCUUGGCUGGAGGCAGUGAUAAUAUUCCACGAAAAAAGAAGAAACAAAAUGCUGUGAAUUCAAGUCACAUCGUUUUUCCUGAAGCUAAUAUGGGUGCACCAGAAUCGCCGAUUCCAGAGCACAAUGAAGAUGAUUUAAUCCAGUUACAAGAUUUACUCGGAGAUGUUUUUAAUGACGAAAAUGAAAAUGGCAAUUGUGACAAAUUAAUAAAUGACGAGGAUGUUUCACCGAUUCUAGAUGAAGAAGAAAUUAUACCACCAUCAUCAUCAGAUUUAGAAAACUACGAAAGUUCUACUUUAAGAAAAUAUAUUGCUUGUUCAAGUUCAGAAAAUAAUCCACAAAAUGCGUCGGAUACACCUGUUCCUUCUCCUAUUCACUCAUCGCAUCAUAAUUGCAAUAGCCAAUUCUGCUCGAAUUGUUUGCCUAUUCAGAAUGAUUCUCCAUAUCCAAAUUUUGAUGCUCCAACGCCAUCAACGGUUGCAUCUAUCGGCAGUCCUUACACGCCUUCUAGAAGCAAACCACGUAAAAAAACUUAUAAAACUGACGAGAGCAAAAAAAGAAAAGUCCAUAAAGAAAAUUGGCAAUCGACGCAAAGAAAAAAAAAUAAAAAUGAGGGUAAAAGUUUUACGACUGCGAAAGGUAAGCUAGUAGAUGAAAAAACUAUAAAAGAUCCUUGUACUUUAAAAUGUCGUAUGAAAUGCUUUGAAAAAUUUUCCAAAGAACAACGAUUAAAGAUUUUCAAAAAAUUUUGGUCAAUUGGUGAUCGCACUCUUCAAUGGAAAUAUGUUCUCAAAUACACAGAGAAAGUCAAAAAAGCUCGUCACACUAUAAAAGAGACAAAACACAAUCGUCAAUUUACCUACUCUUACUAUCUGCCAUCUGAGGAAAAGAAAACAGUAAAAGUGUGUAAAACUAUGUUUUUAAAUACAAUAUCUUCAGGCGAAAGGAUUGUCAGCACUGCGUGGAAAAAAGAUCGGGGAUAUGAUAUAAUUGAGCCAGAUAACCGUGGUAAACACCAUCACAAAAAAACAGUAAUAGAUGAGGAGAUGAUCAGGAGCGUCUGCGAUCAUGUAAAUUCUUUUCCUUUGGUAGAAUCUCAUCGCAUUCGAAAAGAUUCUAAAAAAAAUAUUUAG